UAUCAGCUGAGGAUGUUUACAGUGGACAGGCGAUGAGUCCGGCCAUCCGGUGUUAUGCUAGAAUCGGCGUGCCGUCAGCAUCGGCGACUAUCCUCGAAUGGUUAUUAAUCAUAACUUACGCAUAACUGACGUUUACCGGGGAGGAUGGGCAGAUCCGACGUCCCGUUUUAACAUGAUCGUCACCCUCGUCGUUCUGGUCAAGUACGGCCUUUCGCUCUGGAGGUGCCUGUUCCUGGAGGAGGAGCCCGAGCCGGCCCAGUCGAGGCCGAGCCCUUUUCGAUUCGAACUGCCCAGGGUGGAGGCGAAGGCGGUCGUCGAUCCGGACAACGAGGAUAUCAGGUUUUAUCCACUCGUCAGCGUCCAGAGGUACGAAACGGUCAAAGAGAUCCUCAAAAAGAAGCUCCACUACGGAGGAAUCAACAAGGUUGUUGAUUUGGGUUGUUCAGCAAUAAAGUUUUUCCCCUACAUCAGGAACUUGGAAGGUGUCAGAGAGUACAUUGCUGUCGACAUCGACGAGGAUGUGCUGGUAGACUCUAAACGCAGAGUCGAACCCCUGAAUGUCGAUUUUCUCAAGCGAAGGCCUUUCCCUUUCAACGUAAAAGUUCUACUGGGAAGUGCGAGUGACCCUGAUCUCCAUCUCAAAGACACAAACGUCAUUAUUGCCAUCGAAUUAAUCGAGCAUUUAUAUCCUGAUGUGCUAGAAGCACUGCCGUAUAACAUUUUCGGCGUAAUCCAACCGGAAAUUGCAAUUUUCACGACGCCAAAUUCUGAUUUUAACGUUUUCUUCCCGAACCUCAACGCUACCAAAUUCAGGCACUAUGACCACAAAUUCGAAUGGAGCCGGGAGCAGUUCAGAGACUGGGCAGAGAAUUUGACUGUACGCUAUCCCAACUACGAAUUCGACAUCUGCGGCGUUGGACCCGGCCCCGCCGGAUCAGAAGACAAAUUCGGAUGCUGUACUCAAUUAGUGACAUUUUUUAGAAGGACAUUAUUUAUCGAAAAAUCCAAUGAAUUUAAGGAAUUUUAUAGGAUCAUCAGGAAUGUAGAUUACCCAUAUACGACCGAAGAAGAGCUGAAAGAAGAAAUGGUUUCUUCUGAAGUCAGGACAUUUUUAUGGAAUGCUGGUGACUGCUACUUAAACAAAGAUAAAUUAGAAAUUCCCAUUUCAUCCAUUUUGAAUCACAUAGUUGGAAAAGUACAAUGUGAUGAAGAAUUCUUAAGAUUUACGUUAAUUCGUGAAGGUUACGAUGUCGAGACUUUGAACGAUGGGAGCGAUGUGGUUGUUUUACUGCAUCAUCCUAGUUCAUCUGAAUCAAUCGACUUGGACAAUGACGUCAACAUCGUAGAAUAUCAGUCUGCGGCUUGUGUAGAAGAAGAAGAUUGGAAUAAAACUUAUACCAAUGAUAUAAUGGAAGAGGGGUAUGAAAGUGUUUCUAAAAAUGGUUCCACUCCACCCAUUUCUAGGGAUUUUAGCCCCGUAAAUAAAUGUCCCGGCACUUCGUCCAGUGAUGUGCAGACAAGACAUGAAGAUUCUAUUCACCGUUGUAAAUCUUGUGACCAGAUUGUCGGCAGGAGCAAGAAUAAAAAUUUCAGAUUCAGUUUGAAUAUGGAAAAAAACGAUGGCUUCGAUUGUGCCAGAGGCGCCUGUUCUAGUGAUAAAAUCGCCAGCUCAGGCAGUAUUUCCGACACGAUAGGAAGCCACAGUAAGGCGCCUGACAGUGGAUAUCCAAAUUCGAUAAACAUGGAUAUGGAUUUGACUCCAGAGCAAGUAGAAGAGAUUACAACGGAGAGCGAAUCGAGCUUUGAAGGGAAUGAGUCCGGAGACGAAGAAGUCAGACAUGACAACGUAGUGGCUGCAGCUCAUUUGUUCGAUGAUGUUGAGAAUGGUGAUGUCGCAAACAACAAUCGCGAUGGAGAAGGCAAUAACAUGGAAGAUAACAGGCAAGUCGGAGAGCCUUUAGAAUUCCAACAACUUAUACAAGAGGAUCUUGCUCAGGCGAAUCUCGCCGCAGCCGAGGAGCAUGAUUCCGAAGAAGAAAGCUUUAUCAGUUCUAGUCGUGAUGCUCAUCUAAUCACAGAAUGCAUAUCUACUACAGCCACAAUCGGAUCUGAAAUAUUAGCUAGCAGUUAUUCUCUUGCAGGAAUUCCAUCAAUUUCUAGAUCAUCGCCUAGUCAAGAAGUAAACAAUUUGAGGGAUGAAUUUUCUUUCCCAGACUGGCUGCUGAACAUAAACGUCAUAGAAGAAGCUGACCGAGGUAGAGGGGAUGCACCCGAACAAGAAGACGAUGAUCUGGAAUUCGACGACAAUCUUGACUUGGAUGACAUCGACAGCGAGCUGUCUAACGAAAUGAUCGUACGAGGUGAUUUCCUCGGUGGUGGCGACAUUUCAGACUUAUAAUAUUUUCGUUUUAACUCCCCCACCAAUUGAUUUUAAUGCUCAACAAGCUUUUUGAGUACAUAUCAAUUUUUGAAUUGUGAUAAUUUUUCCAAAUAUUAAGUAUAAAAAUGUCUCGUUUGUUUUAUGUUGCUUUUCAUUUUUUUUUUUUUUUUUUCAUUUCUGGAUACAGUAUGCCUUAAAAAUUUUGACUUUUACUUUUAAACUAUGGGGCGAAAGAAGACUGAUAUCCCAGUAUUUGUUUUAUUUUUUAUUUUUAAAGGUGUUUUUCUCAGUUAAAAAAUGACGCUGUAGUACAAUAAAACUAUGUCAUGUCUAUAAUUAUAAAGACAAGAACAAUGUACAUAAAUUUUGUUAUGUAAUUUUUUUAAACAUAAA